UAGGAAAAUCUGCAGUAUUCACUGAGCAAACAACUUACUCAUCAUCAGUCAGAAGUUAAUUGCGGGGGAAAGUUCAAUAUCUAUUGCUGUCUGCUUCCUCGCACCUCAUAUAACUGCAGUCAGUGGGCAAGAGAUACAUCACUGGUAGUUUAUUUUCUGCAUAUUUUCACAACCUGGCGCGAGUCCUUACAUUACCGACUUCAAUUGACUAUGGACAUGGAAGAAGCUCUCAACAGCACCAUCCAUCCGACCUGUUUAGAAGAACCUCCGCUGGCUAUCGAUGUCAUAAAGCAGCUGGAUGUCUUCGGUGUGGCUCUGUACUCCAUGCUGACCCUCAUGUCUACGCUGUCCCUGCUGCUAUACCUGGAGGAGUGUGUGUUUAUCUAUAGAAAAGUCCCGUCUCCUAAGAAGACAACUAUUAUGUGGGUCAAUGGUGCUGCACCGGUCAUUGCCACCAUGGCUUGUUUUGGGAUGUGGAUACCAAGGGCUACCAUGUUUACAGAUAUGACCUCUAAUUCGUACUUUGCAGUGGUGGUGUAUAAGAUCUUGGUUCUGAUGAUAGAGGAGAGUGGGGGUAGUGAGGCCUUUCUGAAGAACAAUGCCCAGAAAACCUUCAAUAUCAGUGUAGGACCCUGCUGCUGCUGCUGUCCCUGCUUGCCACGCGUUCCGGUCACACGUUGCAUGUUAUUCUGGCUGAAGCUGGGGGCUCUUCAGUAUGCUAUCUUAAGGACAGUCCUCUCAAUUCUGUCCAUAAUAUUGUGGACCAACGGCAACUUUGAUCUUUCUGAUCUGGAGAUCACAGGCACAGCUAUUUGGAUCAACCCAUUUAUAGGUGUUCUCACCAUCAUCUCCCUCUGGCCUGUCGCCAUCAUGUUCAUGAACAUAUGCAACACACUGCGCAGCAUCAAGAUCAUACCUAAAUAUGCCAUGUACCAGUUGGUGCUGGUGCUCAGUCAGCUGCAGACGGCCAUCAUUAACAUCCUGGCCUUGGAUGGAACCAUCGCCUGCUCUCCGCCCUUCUCCUCUAGUGCCCGUGGCACCAUGUUGAGUCAGCAGCUAAUGAUCGUGGAGAUGUUCAUCGUUACCCUGGUGACCCGGGCGUUGUACCGCCGCACCUAUGACUCUCUUCCCACCGACCCCCACGAGACCGACAACGACCAGAACAGCAAGAUCAGCCUGCAGGCCCCACAGGGCGAGCACACUGUCUGAGAGAUUGGGCUGAAGUGAGAGGCAGAGUGGUGUGUGUGUUUGCAUGAGUGUGCGUGUGUGCGUUAAAGAGAGGGAGAGAGAGAGAGGGACUCUCUACCAAACAUUUACACUAUAGUUUUACUUGUAUAUUAAUUUUGUUUUGAUGGUGUGAUACUGUAUAUUCUGCUGUUCUAGUUGUUGGUUAGUCUUGUAUGAGAUGAAACUUACUGUAUAUUAAAAGUUUACCUGCAUUAUGCUGAAUAUAAUAUUAGAACAUAUACCUCAAACAACAUGUCUGUCCCAUCCAUAUUUCCUCAAGUUGCCUCAGCUCUCAACACGGCUAUGUGGAGUUUGGUGUGUGAGGGAGUUGGAAAGAGAUGGAGUUUAUAAACAAAAGCGGGUUAAUGGGGGUAUGAAAUAUGUAUUUUGUAUUCAUAUCAAUAAAUAUAGUGAAUUACAA